CAUUGUGUUUUAUUCGUCGGUGUGGAGAGCUUUGGAAGGACAGGGAGAGGGACCAGAAUCUAGGGGCUAUUUUUUUAAGAUUUUGUUUACAGUUUAGCAUUAUUGAAACAAUAUAAUGGCCGAUAAGAUGGAUAUGUCUCUAGACGACAUUAUCAAACAGAACAGGCAGCGUGGUGGAGGUCGAGGUGGAAGAGGCAGAGGCCGCGGAGGCUCAGGCGGCGGCCGAGGAGGAGGCGCCGGGCGUCUUGGAGGCGGCGGUGGAUUUGGAGGCCGUGGCGGCGGAUCUGGCCCCAUGAGGAACCGACAGAACCUGAACCGCGCCCGAGGCAGACCAACACCUUACAGCAGGCCGAAACAGCUUCCCGAUAAGUGGCAGCAUGACAUGUUCGACAACAGCUUCAGCGGCUUCAAUGGUGCUGCUGGAGGCGGCGGAGGAGCUGGUGUGGAAACUGGAGGGAAGCUCCUUGUGUCCAAUCUCGACUUUGGCGUGUCAGAUGCAGACAUUCAGGAACUCUUUGCUGAAUUUGGGACGCUCAAAAAGGCUGCAGUUCAUUAUGACCGGUCUGGGAGAAGCUUGGGAACUGCAGAUGUUCAUUUUGAAAGGAGAGCCGAUGCCCUCAAGGCCAUGAAGCAGUACAAUGGCAUUCCACUUGAUGGUCGACCAAUGAACAUACAGCUCGUCACAUCACAGAUCGACGCACAGAGGCGCCCUAUGCAGGGUUUGAACAGGGGAGGUGGAGGCGGUGGCAUGAACAGAGGUCGUGGCAGCUUCGGGGGCAUGCAGAGGGGACGUGGAGGCCGUGGUGCAGGCACUGCCCGAGGACGGGGUAGAGGUGGCCGCGGUGGUGGCGGCGGCGUAAACAAGCAGCAGCUUUCAGCAGAGGAACUCGAUGCCCAGUUAGAUGCCUACAAUGCAAGGAUGGACACCAGCUAAAGACAAAGCUCUUCUUCUGGGUUGACGUCUUAUUUGUCUGCACAGAAUUGUUUGUUACAGAUGUGCAGAAUAUUUUACACUUGGCUGUCUUCUGAUGUGAUUGAAAUUGUUGUUCCGACCUGUUCUUUUAAAUGCUCCGAAGUGUUUUUUACCAGUGUUUGUUUUUUGUUUUUUUUUUCUCGCCCCUUAAUUUUCUCAUGAAAAUGGUUUUGGCUGUAGGUUGAUGUGAACUGGGUUUUUCCAGUUCCUCCCCUCUACCCUGUAGUUGACGAAACUUGUAAUAAAAACCUGCAGUGCAUAUUAACCAAA